AUGGCGGGUGUUCCUGAGGGGAUGCGGUGGGUGGUUGGAGGAGUUGCCUCCCCUGCGUUCACAGGAAUUUCUUUGGAUUAUAGAAGGCGUUUUAUCUCCCAGCGCUGCUCUCUAGACUUUUUAGAAGACAUAGUGGAAUAUGCCAGUGUACRAAGAACCAAGCACAUCUCGGGCUCUCCAAGGCACAAGAGUUUGAAGAAGAUGCACUUCAUCAAGAACAUGAGGCAGUAUGACACGAAGAACAGCAGGAUAGUAUUAAUCUGCGCUAAGCGAACACUGUGUGUGGCUUUUUCUAUCCUACCUUACGGGGAGAGUUUACGGAUCAGUGAUCUGAAAAUGGACGGCCAGAAACAACGACAUCCUUCAGGGGGAGUUUCAGUCUCCACUGAGAUGGUGCUUGGACUAGAAGGAGUGGAGCUAGGAGCUGAUGGCAAGGUUGUGUCCUAUGCAAAAUUCUUGUAUCCAACCAACGCCCUAGUUGUCCGUAAAGCUGACGGCCACGGUGUUGUUCCUGCGUGCCGAGCUGGUGCUCCCCGGAGUCUUCCUGCAUCAAGGUACAAGCCUGUGACAGCAAAAGCAAUACCAGCAGGAGCGGAGAUAGGAAAUGAAGCUUGUGAAGCAACAGAGUACGAUCCAAAUCUUUUGGACGAUCCUCAAUGGCCCUGUGGGAAACACAAGCGGGUUCUCAUCUUUGCCUCUUACAUGACAACAGUCAUCGAAUAUGUAAAACCCUCGGACCUUAAAAAGGAUAUGAAUGAAACCUUCAGAGAGAAGUUUCCUCACAUCAAGUUAACGCUGAGCAAAAUUAGGAGCUUAAAAAGAGAGAUGCGGAACCUGAGCGAGGAGUGCAGCCUGGAGCCCGUUACUGUGUCCAUGGCUUAUGUUUACUUUGAGAAGCUUGUUCUGCAAGGCAAACUCAACAAACAGAACCGCAAACUGUGCGCUGGUGCUUGUGUCCUGCUCGCGGCCAAGAUCAGCAGCGACCUCAGGAAACAUGAAGUCAAACACCUUAUAGAUAAACUAGAAGAGAGAUUCAGGUUCAACCGCAGGGAUCUCAUUGGUUUUGAAUUCACCGUGCUCGUAGCUUUGGAACUGGCCCUCUACCUGCCGGAAAACCAGGUUUUACCUCAUUACAGACGGCUCACGCAACAGUCUUAACCAAAGCUCCGUUCUGGGAAGAGCAGCCCCGAGCGCUGCUGCUGAACCCGCCGGGCGUCCCGUGCCGCAGAGCCCGCGGCCCCCCUGGCUACGGCUGCUUUGAAGCCUGCGGCGUUUUUCAGACUGGCAGGGUGUGCGUUAUGGGGCUGUGUGUGGAGUCUGAGAGAUGGUACGGAAAGAGGUGUUGGACUUUAUUUUCUUUUGGACAUUUAAAGCACAAAUAUUCACCAGUUGGCUGUCACAGCCACUGAUUAUUCCUUAUUUAUCUUUUCAGUUUUAUUAAAACUGUUCUUCCCUAUGAAGAAUUCUAUGGUAUUGGGGCAGGGGGGUUGGUUUUGCUUUGUAUUGUUUGUUUGUUUGUUUGUYUAAAGCCUUUAUUUGCUUCCUGGAAGCUGAAGGAAGCAUCACUUCCAUUCCAGCGCAUCAUAAAGUUCAGAUCUUUCUAAGAAUCUUCUCACACUUUGACAUUAAUGAAAUGCAUACUUUAUUUUUUUAAAGAUGUGCCUAAAACGGUCUGGUCUGGAACCAGUACUUUUUAAGUUAGUUAUGUUGUUUAGUAGGAACUCCCGAAUUUAUAUAGCCAUUUAUUUUUUACCUGCAUUGGCCUUGCAUAUAGGGAAAAAAAUCCAGUAUAUCUGCACUAAUGAUGCACAGGGCAUCUAUAGAAUACUAUAGACCUGUAAGGAGCAAGACUGAAGAUAUUCCAUUUCAAAUUAUUUAACUAAUCUUAAUAAUACACUUUAUUUUAAAAAGAUGGAAAAUCUGUCAUGAAAUCAUAUUUAUUGAACAAGGUGUGUGCAGCAAAGUGCCAUCUUAAUUCACUGUUCAGUGGAAAAUGAGCAUUUGAUAAAGAGCAAUUUACUGUCAAAUGUAUCACAUUUUAUUUCARUGUUCUGUAGUCUGUAAUAAGUACCUUUUUUAGUGUGACUGUCAUGUAUGAUCUUGUCUGCUCUAAACAAGUAUUUAUUCUGUGAUUUAAGUCAGCAGAGUUACGGCUGCCAACGARCUCAGCCAAUGAAACAAAGUUCGCUCAGCAGUUAAAAUGCUACAUUUUUUAAUUUUAACUCUGUUCUUCCAAGCGUUGUGUCACWGUGGUGGUCCUCAUGAAAUCGGCAUUUGCUCUAUAUCUGAACUGCUGGUGUCCAGCAGCACUCUGAUGCUUAUGCAGAGGGUAAAAUAACUGUGGCCAUUGCCUGUUCCUUCAUGURUUUUUAAAAUAUCCAGACCAGGGGUCAAUUCAGCUACCACAAAAGGUUCCAUUUACAUUGUCUCUUGGUUUUAUUAUCCUAAGCAAUAUUAUGAUGCGAGUAACUGUGUCUCUUUGCAAGGAACAAAAUUGAUACUUGGUAAGAAAUCUAUAAUUUAAGUUUGACUCCUGAAUGAAAUACUAGACCUCAUACUGAGGGAAGGAUACCUGCUCUCCAAAAUGUAAAAUAAUGUAAAUUCCUGUUCCGUGUAUUCAGUGUUUAUUGUAGAUAAAAACAAAGCUGAAGCUGUUCUUCACCUGUGUUUUCCCUGAAGCUAAUCUGGCUUCAUUAGAAUUGCAGCAAAUUGUAUUGGAGACCCUUCCUCUUUUAAGAAGGGCUCAAAAUGUAUUUUUCAUAUAACUACAGUGACUAUCAAACCUUUUGUAACCGUGUUGAACUCCGUGUAUGUAACUUAAGGUAUUUGUGUAAAGUUUAAUAUGCUUGUAACUUCUCUUUAACACAAAAGGACUUUCCAGUCUUCUCAAAUGAGAUGAUAGCUAACAGGUAGACAAUAAGCUUUCCAGUUAUCUUCCAAAAGGUUUACAACAUCUUUACUAGUUAAACUUUCUACUGAAUAUAACUGUCAUUGCAUGCAGGAAAUACCCAAAUACUAACAUCUACCAUAUACAUAAGUCUUGAAAUUAGCAAGCAGAGGUGAACUCAGCUACAGCACCCUGCAACUUAAGGAUUAUGGAGGGGACAGGAAMAUUGAACAUGGAAAAUUCCCACACAGUAUCUCCAGAAAUAGCAGAAUACUCCAGUUAAUGUGAGUGCAGUCAGGAAAUGUAACUUUCCAGCAACUCUUAUUCCUGCUUAGUAUAAAAAGAGUUUCCUCUCGCAGUUAACUUCUUGCAGACUUGAAAAAAAAUAUGCUUUUGAACUCUUAGAGGUCUCUAUUCAGUGGAAAUUUGUCUAGUUACAGUUGGCAUUUGGGCAGAAUGGAAGCUGUAGCUUCGCAUCAGGCAGUAGCAGGUCCUUGGAGGGUUUGUUUUCUUUUAGAAGAACAAACUAGGGUAAAGAAUAUAGCAUUUUGUAAGGUAAAGCACUGUUUCAAAGAGAAUUUGGUCCAGCACAUGCAGUCUUGGAGCUCAAAGCUGCACAAAGUACAGGCCAAAAAUGACAGCACGAAGUGACCGCGGUGCUUGUGUUUCUGGAGCGGGCAAAGUGCUSCUCGAGUGGCACCGUGGAUUUCGGACUGAUGCAACUCUGAACUUGGUACCUCUGUCACCAUCUGUGCAGGGACAGCCGCUCUGCAGA